ACGGUAACGGAAUCGUUUCUUCGUUGAUCUGUUUCCCAGCGACGUGUUUGUUUCUGUAACUGGAUUGGAUUGGAAGCUGAAGAAAUGAAGUUGUUGCCGCGAGAGAUCGAGAAGUUAGAGCUUCAUCAAGCUGGUUUCCUCGCACAAAAGCGUCUUGCUCGUGGUAUUAGACUCAAUUACACUGAAUCUGUAGCACUCAUUGCUACUCAGAUUCUUGAGUUUAUUCGUGACGGCGAUAAAAGCGUGGCGGAGCUAAUGGAUAUUGGAAGACAACUAUUAGGAAGGAGACAAGUUCUUCCUGCUGUUGUACAUCUUCUGUAUACGGUUCAGGUCGAAGGGACGUUUCGUGAUGGUACAAAGUUAGUUACCGUUCAUGAACCGAUUUCUUUUGAAAAUGGGAACCUUGAACUAGCUUUACAUGGAUCUUUCCUUCCAGUUCCUUCACUGGAUAAAUUUCCGGAAGCUCAUGAGGAUGUAAUUCCUGGUGAUAUGAAAUAUGGAGAUGGAAGUAUAAUAAUAAAUCAUGGAAGGAAAGCAGUAGUCCUUAAAGUAGUGAACACUGGAGACAGACCAGUGCAGGUUGGAAGUCAUUACCAUUUCAUUGAAGUGAAUCCAUUGUUGGUGUUUGACAGACGUAAAGCUCUUGGUAUGCGUCUGAAUAUAGCAGCUGGAACAGCUGUACGAUUUGAGCCUGGAGAAAGAAAAAGUGUUAUACUUGUGAAUAUUGGUGGAAAUAAAGUGAUUAGGGGAGGAAAUGGAAUUGUUGACGGUCUAGUUGAUGAUGUCAAUUGGACAGUUGUAAUGGAAACAAUGGAGAGAAGAGGCUUUAGGCACCUGGAAGAUGCUGAUGCUAGUGAGGGGAUCGUAGGGGAAGAUCCUAGAUUUACGACUACAAUUUCGCGUGAAAAGUAUGCAAAUAUGUAUGGUCCUACCACUGGCGAUAAGCUUCGGCUAGGUGAUACCAACUUGUACGCAAGAAUCGAAAAAGAUUAUACUGUUUAUGGAGAUGAAUGUGUAUUUGGAGGUGGGAAAGUUUUAAGAGAAGGCAUGGGUCAAGGCAUAGAGCAAUCUGAAGCUCUUUCCUUGGAUACUGUCAUUACCAAUAGUGUGAUAAUUGAUUAUUCAGGAAUAUAUAAGGCAGAUAUUGGCAUUAAAAAUGGUCAUAUUCUUGGUAUUGGGAAAGCAGGCAAUCCGGAUACCAUGCAUGGUGUGCAGAGCAAUAUGCUUAUUGGGAAUAAGACUGAGGUUAUUGCUGGAGAAGGAAUGAUUGUAACUGCAGGAGCUAUUGAUUGUCAUGUGCAUUUCAUAUGCCCUCAAUUGGUCUACGAAGCAGUAUCGAGCGGCAUUACAACUAUGGUUGGAGGAGGGACAGGGCCUGCUUACGGUACACGUGCUACUACCUGCACCCCUUCUCCGUUUGAUAUGAAGUUAAUGCUGCAGUCCACAGAUAGCCUGCCACUAAACUUUGGGUUUACAGGAAAGGGAAAUACAGCUAAACCCUUAGAGCUUCGUCACAUAGUAGAGGCUGGAGCAAUGGGAUUGAAGCUGCAUGAGGACUGGGGAACUACUCCUGCUGCAAUAGACAAUUGUUUGGCAGUUGCAGAAGAAUAUGAUAUCCAGGUGAACAUUCAUACUGACACGUUAAAUGAAUCGGGUUUUGUGGAGCACACGAUCAAUGCAUUUCGUGGGAGAACAAUACAUACAUAUCACAGCGAAGGUGCUGGUGGUGGACAUGCGCCAGAUAUCAUUAGAGUUUGUGGAGUAAAAAAUGUACUCCCGUCAUCAACCAACCCAACACGGCCAUAUACGAAAAAUACUGUGGAUGAACAUCUUGAUAUGCUGAUGGUUUGCCAUCACCUUGACAAGAACAUCCCAGAAGAUGUAGCUUUUGCUGAAUCAAGGAUAAGAGCUGAAACAAUAGCUGCAGAGGAUAUAUUGCAUGAUAUGGGAGCAAUCAGCAUUAUCUCCUCCGACUCACAAGCAAUGGGUCGCAUUGGAGAGGUAAUAAGCAGAACUUGGCAGACUGCUGACAAGAUGAAGGCUCAGAGGGGAGCCAUUGAUCCUAACAUGGCUGAUGAUGAUAACUCGAGGAUCAAGAGAUACAUUGCAAAGUACACUAUAAACCCAGCUAUAGCCAAUGGGUUUGCGGACUUAAUUGGCUCGGUUGAGGAGAAGAAGCUGGCUGAUCUCGUUAUAUGGCAGCCGGCUUUCUUCGGAGCAAAACCAGAAAUGAUAAUUAAAGGAGGCAAUAUAGCCUGGGCUAAUAUGGGCGAUGCAAAUGCGAGCAUACCCACUCCUGAACCGGUGAUAUCAAGACCUAUGUUUGGAGCAUUUGGAAAGGCCGGAAGUGAAAACUCGGUUGCAUUUGUCAGCAAGGCUGCCUUGAGAAAUGGGGUAAAAGAACUAUAUGGACUCAAGAAGAGGGUUGUAGCGGUGUCCAAUGUGAGACAGCUCACAAAACUCGACAUGAAGCUGAAUGAUGCGCUUCCGGACAUCACCGUGGACCCAGAGACAUACGUUGUCACAGCAAAUGGCGAGGUCCUUACAUGUGCGCCAGCCGAUUCAGUCCCUCUCUCCCGGAACUAUUUCCUCUUUUAAGGUUGUUGAAAUUUCAGUUGCUUUUGUGCAUUAUAUCGGCGGCAUUGCUAACUACAAUGAGACACCCCUAUAGCAAGGAUACACGGAUAGGUCACAUCCCUUAUGUUCAUUUGUAACAUUAAGCUUCUCUGAACAAACAAAAGAAUAGUGAGAGAAACAAAUAAAAAUUGGAAAGGGAU